GCAUAAUCAUACGCAUCUCCCAACUCCAAUCCAUCAUCUCAGCCAACCUCCCUCCCAACAAUGUCCUGGUCCCAAGUCUCCCCCACCCGAUGGGAACGCCCUCUCACCGGCUUCGAAGAAUUCCUCGUCCUCUACGCCAACCUCUCCCUAACCCUUUCACCCACCAACCAGCAAUACGUCUUCUUCACCAAAAUAACCCUAGACAUCCACCUCCCCAACAUCGAAUCCGCCCUCAAACACGCCUGGAAACAAAUGCGUUUCGAAGAACCCGACCUAGUCACCACCAUCGACAAAGAAACCAAAAUCUACGAGACCCCCACCACCCCAACCGCCCUCCAAGAAUGGCUCGAUACCACCUUCAUCAUCAUCACCGACAUCACCGACGCAGACGACCUCCAACGCAACGGUCCCCUCCUCGACCACGACCAGGCCAAACUCUACUACCUUCCCAAGACCUCCGACCUCGUCCUCCGAGCCCAUCACUCCGCCAUCGACGGCAUAGGCGCCCUCAUCUGGUGGGAUAAAUUCUUCCAUGCCCUCCUCCACCCCCACCCCCACCCCGAGAUUCCCUUUGGGGACGAACAUCAUCACCUCGCCAUCCCUAUCCAAUCAGCCCUAAACAACAACGACCCUCCCACCCAAGAAGAAACAAAUCUUGCCACCGCCAUGGCCCUGCACUACGUCUCCCAUCUCCCGGGUCUCGGAAUGGUCUCUAAAGCCGGGACCGUGGCCCCGGGUAAAUGCCAACACAUCGAGCAUCGAUUCUCGCCCGAUCUCACACAUGCUAUUGUGCGUGGGUGCAAGCGUCGGAACAUAUCCGUGACGUCGGCCGUGCAUGCAGCAUACAUUAUGGUGUUGAUGAAGCACGCCGCGGACCCAUCAUCGAACACCUCGCACUACUAUGCAAGUGUCAAUACGUUCAAUCUGAGGGGUGAUCUCCCGGAGAGGUAUCGGGGGAAAGCCGCGGCGAAUUACUUGGUGAAUUUGCCGUUUUGGGUGGAGUUGCCGGUGGGGUUCUCGGAGGUUGCGGGGGAGUUGAAUCGGAGUUAUAGGAAUGAUAGUAGAGGGAUGUUGGGGCUGGUGGGUGCGUAUAAUGCGGGGUUGGCGAGGAUGUUGAAGACUCCAGAGGCGCAGGGGAUGAAGGUUCCGACGGAUGCGUUUGUGAGUAGUUUGGGGGUGGUGGAGAAGUAUAUAUCACGGGAGUAUGGGGGGGGGGCGGGUGUGGUCACGGUGAAGGAUUUUACGUUCACGGUGGAUGCGGUGCUGGGAAUGAAUAUGUUGCAUGUUUCUUCUUUUCGGGAUCAGUUGAGGUUGGUGUAUUGUUUUAAUGAUGGGUAUGAGGAGGUGGAUAUGAUUAGGGGGUAUUUGGAUGAUAUGGAGAGGGUGUUGAGAGUGGAGGUGUUGGGGGAGAUGCAGUAA